CUUCAAAGUUUGAAAAACCCUAAAUUAUUAUUAAUAAUAAAUUUUGGGGAAAAAGGGACGAAAUAUAAUGGCACCACUUAUCUGUUAAUUGCGUAAUUACUCUCUCUCUUUCUCUUUAUCUUUCUCUCUCUAAACCUGAAAUUGCAUACGAAUUCGUAAACCUUUUCGCACACAGACCUAAAUCGCGUAUUGUGCUUCGCAAUUGAAAUGCAGACGAGAACGGUACAAGUAGGACAUCUUUCAGAUCUAGCAACCGAGAGAGAAAUUCACGAGUUUUUCUCCUUUUCUGGUGAUAUCGAGCAAGUUGAAAUCUGUCGUGAUUCGGAACAACAUAAGACUGCAUUUGUCAUGUUUAAAGAUCCAAAAGCUCUUGAAAUUGCGUUAUUGUUAUCGGGAGCAACCAUCGUGGAUCAGAUUGUUAGCAUCACUCCUGCAGAAAAUUAUGUACCGAAACCUGAGUUGCAGGAAGUUCGUGAAGUAGAUAAUGCUGUAAGAAUGUCCCCAGAAAACUCUUCACCAUCUGCUGCAGAGUCCAACAGUAGUUCUCCUCGUAGUGGAAACGUGUACAUUAGUAAAGCACAAGACGUCGUUUCAAGUGUUCUGGCAAAAGGUUCAGCAAUUAGGCAAGAUGCCGUGAACAAAGCUAAAGCAUUUGAUGAGAAGCAUCAAUUGAGAGCCAAUGCGUCUGCUAGAGUUAAUUCUUUUGAGAAAAGAGUAAGACUUUCAGAGAAAUUUAACGUCAGCGUCGCAGUUGUAAAUGAAAAAGUGAAAUCCGUCGAUCAAAAGCUUCAAGUUUCAGACAAAACAAUGGCUGCAUUAAUGGCAGCCGAGAGGAAACUUAAUGACACAGGAUCGGCUGUCAAAUCAAGCAGGUAUGUAACUGCUGGAGCAGCUUGGUUAAACGGAGCGUUUGGUAAAGUGGCGAAGGCUGGGCAAGUUGCAGGAACAAAAACCCGACAAAAAUGGAAUUUGGCAGUCUCAAAUUUAACUGCUAAGGAUUCACCAAUUGCUGCAUAAGCAGAGUUUAUAGAUGGCUGCAUUCUUCAUACAAUUAGAUAUUUCCCGAUUUGGAAGCUUGGUGUGUGAAAUUGGACAUAUCUCGUGUUUUUUAGGUGUGUUUAUGGGCAGUUUUGUGAUUCAUUUAUUAGUUAACUGUUGCUGUGUAAACCAGAGGGUAUUGUACCUGUAAUUUUCAAGCGUGCAACUGCAAAGACGUAAGUAAUGAUGUGAAUUCCUUCUUAAAAUCCUGUUAAUGCA